AUAGUGCUUUUCUGCCUGAAUACGGUGGCACUGAAUUCGCACGGUGAUAUACGAGAGCGUUAUUUGCCGGAACUGCUUGCGUCCAUACUGACAACAAUCGCUGAGAAGAAUGUUGCGUCGAUUGACAGUCAGCUGCUCGUUCGGCUUCUCAUCGCCGCCAAAGCUAUUCUAAACGAAGUUGGCCAAAGUGCCGUUGUCAUUGACGCUGGAGUAGUAAUGCGACGGGGAGGUGAAAUGACUCGUUGCGAUGAGACUGAUUCCAUCGAUAAGCCAUCACCUGUUGCUGAGGAAGACGCUGUUAAAGAGCAGUGGCGAGUGGAGAACUGCUUAAGUAGCUGUCAGCGACUUCUCGCUCAAAUCUGUGACUGGUACUGCAAAGAACGAAACGCUGAGAGGCUGCGUGCUUUUCACGCGAUUUCCGCGCUAAUGAUGGAAUUUGCUGAUUUUCCGCUCUAUGUUUUGAGGAGACAGGAGAACAGAGUAAAAGAACGCAGGCAGCGACUUAUCCCGACCAAUUAUCCGGUUUGGUUGAGUGGUUUAUUGAACGUAUUGUCGCUUGACGAAUGGGAAGUUUCUCUGAACAACGCAGCGAAUUAUCAAGGCACGGACAUGUCGAUUAGCGACUUUUAUGCGCGCGCGAAUGCUCUCGAUUUGACAAUUUGUGUGUAUGUGCGGAGUGUUUCAGUGGCCGAGCAACAUGCCGCUGCAGAAGGUCGUCCCAAAAGGUGGUUUUUUGUCGCGAUAUGGGUAUUAAAAGUGAGCCGCAUUUUCUCACGCGUGAUAUUUUCACACAAAAAUUAG